AUGCGGAUGGAGUACCAAUUGCAAGAGAAUGCUGCUCGUCCAUUAUUCACUGGAACAGCGCACGAUGCCCCAGAGGUGUUACCACAUAUAUACACUUCUUCACCCAUAGUCCAGAAUAACAUGUUAUCCGACAUGGGCAGCAAGUACCUCCUGCCUAUGGGCACUGCGCGCUACGAUCACGAGGAAUACGAGGAAGUUAUCAUCCCCCCGGCCAAACCAGUGCCUCCUAAUCGAAACGAGCGUCUCAUACUCGUCAAUGAGCUGGACGACCUUGCGCGAGGAUCAUUCCCUGGCUAUAAAUCUUUGAACAGAGUACAGUCCAUCGUAUAUCCCACAGCGUACGGAUCUAAUGAGAAUAUGUUGAUUUGCGGUAAGCUCUCUCUCUUCUUGCUCGGUAAAACGGAUGUAGCCAUGCUGACGAUCUUACGUGUCCUCAGUCAACAUCGUUCUAAGGACGCACACUCAAGAUCUUUGGCUGCAACUAUCGAUGUGAAAUCCUUCAAAAUCAUAUAUGUUGCUCCGAUGAAAGCAUUAGCAGCAGAGAUUGUCCGGAAAUUAGGGAGCCGUCUAAAAUGGCUCUCCAUUCGCGUACGAGAGUUGACAGGUGAUAUGCAGUUGACUAAGGCCGAAAUAGAGGAAACGCAAAUUAUAGUGACCACUCCCGAAAAGUGGGACGUAGUCACCAGGAAGCCCACCGGCGAAGGGGAGCUUGUGACGAGAGUCAAACUUCUCAUCAUUGACGAAGUUCAUCUCUUAAAUGAAGAUCGUGGUGCAGUUAUCGAGACUAUUGUCGCCAGGACACUUCGGCAGGUAGAGUCUAGUCAAUCCGUGAUUCGUAUCGUAGGCCUCAGUGCAACCCUUCCCAACUAUAUCGACGUUGCGGAUUUUCUAAGUGUUUCCAGAUACACCGGCCUAUUCUAUUUCGAUUCGUCUUUCCGCCCUGUUCCCUUAGAACAACAUUUCAUAGGCGUCAAGGGCAGGCCCAACAGCCCGCAGUCAAAGAAAAAUCUAGAUAGAGUGACUUACGAGAAAGUAUCUGAGUUGGUGAGGCAAGGUCACCAAGUCAUGGUCUUCGUUCAUGCCCGGAAAGAAACCGUCAAGACUGCACAGGCUUUACGUGAAGCGGCUUUAGCUGAUGGCACUCUCGAUGAGUUCAGGUGUGAGGAUCAUCCUCAGUGGUCUUUCUUUCGUAGGGAUAUCGGCGGAUCGAGAAAUAAAGAGAUGAAACAACUAUUUGAUGAUGGCUUUGGCAUCCACCACGCCGGCAUGCUUCGUUCGGAUCGAAAUAUGGUGGAGCGAAUGUUCGGUGACAGAGGCAUCAAGGUUCUAUGUUGUACAGCAACACUCGCAUGGGGUGUCAACCUGCCAGCUCAUGCUGUCAUCAUAAAGGGCACUCAAGUAUAUGACAGCUCUAAAGGUUCUUUCGUCGACUUAUCAGUGCUGGAUGUCCUCCAAGUCUUCGGUCGUGCCGGUAGGCCUGGGCUAGAGAGCAGUGGAGAAGGCUACAUAUUUACCACCGAGGAUAAGCUAACGCAUUAUCUGGAUGCUGUGACCUCCCAGAACCCAAUCGAAUCUAAAUUCGUUGGAGGCUUGAUAGACGCCCUAAAUGCAGAAAUCGCUUUGGGCACCGUUGCGAACGUCCCAGACGGCGUGCGAUGGCUCGGUUACACAUAUCUAUUUGUCCGGAUGCGCAAGAAUCCGUUCCAGUAUGGCCUUUCUCGCGAGGAACCUAGUGAAGACCCUCAACUGGGGAGUAAACGCGCGCAACUCAUAACCUUCGCGGCCCAACAACUUGUUGAAGCUCGGAUGAUUAAUUUCGAUAGACCGCGGGAAACUUUGACUAUAACCGAUAUCGGCCGUAUAGCAGCAAAAUACUAUAUUCGGCAUUCUUCAAUUAUGAUCUUCAACAAGGAGUUCAGACCGAAGAUGACAGAAGCCGAUGUUUUGGCAAUGUUGAGUAUGAGUACUGAGUUCGACCAGAUGCAAGUUCGCGAAUCGGAACAAAAGGAGCUAGAGGAGCUGAUGUCUCAAGCACCCUGUGCAGUUAAGGGUGGCACCGAAAAUAGCCAUGGUAAAGUAAACAUUCUUCUCCAGGGGUAUAUAUCCGGAGCGAGGGUCGAGGACUUCGCGCUCGUAUCCGACACCGCUUAUGUCGCCCAAAAUGCGGGGCGGAUUGUUCGUGCCCUACUGGAGAUUGCCAUCAGUCGGAAGUGGGCUAAUGCCAGUACUGUCCUGAUGGGCAUGAGUAAGGCGAUCGAGAAAAGGAUGUGGCCGUAUGAACAUCCUCUGAAGCAGUUUUCGCUCAAGCUCGAUGUUCUCUAUAACCUGGAGCGCUGGGCAGACAACUACACCGUGUCAGACCUAUCCUCGAUGUCUGCGGCGGAUUUGGGAAAAUUCAUACACCUUAAUGAACAUCAUGGCUCUGCCGUCCUGGAGGCUGCAAAACAAUUCCCUACCGCGGAGAUCGAGUACGAACUUCGGCCCUUGGGCUCUGACGUGCUGAAGAUUGCGCUGCACAUCAAAAGGACGUUCAACUGGAGCUCGAAACUUCACGGCGCCGUGGAACCAUUUUGGAUAUGGAUCGAAGACCACGAAGGGCUGACUAUUUUGCAGAUGGCGCAUCUCCUGUUCAGACAAACUACCAAGGUUUUGGAUGCCGAAUUCGUCAUAUCCCUACCCGGCGGCACGGUCCCGCCUUCCCUGACUAUACGAUUCGUCUCUGAUAGGUGGAUGGGAGCUGAGGAAGAAAUUUCCGUUCCAUUGGAUAGCCUCGUGAUGCCGAGGGCUCCCCAGAGCUACACACCCCGCUUGGACUUACCCUUUCUUACUUUGUCCGUGCUACACCACCCUGCCCUCGAAGACCUACUCUCCUCCAGAUUACGGGCCUUCAAUGCAAUCCAGACCCAGGUCUUCUGGACAACAAUCCGGACAAGGUCUGCUUGUAUGGUAUGUGGCCCUGCCGCGUGUGGCAAGAGUACUCUUUCGCAGAUCCUCUCCUGGACGACGCUUAAUGACUCUGAUGAUAUUGGGUGGGUCCUUAUGGUGACACCUCGGCGUAGUUCCGCUUUGGAACUCAUCUCAGAGAUGAGACCGAUAUCAAGGGUCCUUGGUAUAUCCAUGGAGCUAUCUACGGACCAGACCAUGUUCAGUCCUGUGAAAAGCAAGACGGUCAGGUUCACCCCCGCUUCCCACCUACUGGCAGCCCUUGCAGGCCGCAAUACUAGCCGUGCUUUGUCAACCCUGAAGCUCGUGAUAUGUGACAAUCUCCAGCAGUUGGACUCUACGUAUGAAUUGGCAAUUUCGCUGCUACGGUAUUCCGCCCAGAAUUAUUCCGUCCGUUUCGUUGGUUUCGCCAAUUCUCUUAACGACCCAACGGACCUUGCUGCAUGGUUUGACGUGAACCCAUUGGCACUGUACGACUUCAAGCCCAUUGACAGUGAUCAGUCGCUGCAUGUGUCUACGCAAACGUUCACGAUCCCCCAUUCUGCCGCACUUCUGAAGGCUAUGGCCAAGCCGGCCUACACUGCCAUACGCGGCGGUUCUCCUGACGGACCUGCCAUUGUGUUCGUCCCGAGCCGUGGUCAAUGUCGUAUGGUAGCAUUGGAUCUUAUCACCCAGUGUGCACUCGGUACCGGUACGAUCUCAGGAUACCUUCCACCUGGUUUCCCCUCGAUCCAUAUCGAAGAGAUAUGCCUUCGCUUGCAGGAUGCGAGUCUUGCGGAUAUCAUUAGGAGUGGGGUCGGAAUUUUCCACGAUGGUGUUACUAGGUCUGACCGUGCACUGAUGGUUGACCUAUACGCGGACGGAAUCAUCAACGUGCUGAUUGUCCCCCGGGAGGCAUGUUGGACCUUACCUAUCCGGGCUUCCGUGGUGGUUGUAAUGGGAACACAGUAUCUGGCUUCACAACCCGAUGGCGAUGAGCGGCAGCUCCGAGAGUAUGGCCUGGACGAGCUGGUGCGCAUGCAAGGCCGUGCCGUGCAACACGGUGGUUCCGGUCAUUUCCACCUCUUUUGCCAAGCCGAAAGCAAGGAUACCUACGUGCGCCUAUUAGAAGACGGUCUUCCACUGGAGUCCAAGUUAUUGGAUACGUCCCUGUUCUCAGACUGGUACAAGGAUAGACGAAAGCAGAACUCUAUCUCGAACAAACAAGACGCGAUGGAUGUCCUCUCAUGGACGUAUCUUGCGCGUAGGAUAGCCAGUAACCCUGCGUAUUAUGACGUCGAGCAGGAACCCAUAGAGCAAACUCUGACCCGCAUAGUAGAUGUAUUGGACGAAGAAUGUAACUGA